CAUACCCUGGUACAUUCACCCAAAGAGACAUACAGACACAGAUUCUUUCACAGAGACACACACACUGACAUGCCCACCCAUAAACACACAGACACACAUCUGAUGUAACAGAUCCACAUGUUCACACACAGUGGAUACACCAGAAUGUGUAAAAGAAGAACUAUGAAACAGCCAUAUGUGCAAAGCUCAGUUAAGAGCAGAAUACAAUCCUUUGCUUCAUGCACAUCACACCCCUUCUGCUUACAUUUCUGGUUGAAGAGGAACCUGCCUGGAGCCCUCAGAAUACAGGAAGUGAUGAGCAAUCUGGAAUAGACUACUUCCAGUUUCUGCCUGCACCCUGAGCUGACCCUGAACCACUGCUCUCUGUACCCGAAUACCCCUGGGAGAGAGCUGGUUUCUCAGUAGGGCUGACAUUCAGAAUUACAGGAGAGUUAAGCCACUGUCAGAGAGAGAAAGACCAGCUCAAACCAGAGAGGAGAACCAGCUAUGACAAGGGCUAGGAUAUGUCUCCCAACCAGGAGUGGGGGCUGGGCGAAGAACCCUGUCAUGUUGUCAGUAACCACAAGGGUGGAUCUUUUGCAAAAGCAGAAGAGCAGAAGCCAGAUCAGUAAAGGAAGUUGCUGGCCACAAGGAGGUGGAGAUGGUCCUGCUCAACUCAGUCUUCCACUUGAGAAUGUCUGAGCGUGUGUUUUUAUUUACCCUGAUUCUCUCUGGACUGCUGUGUGCCCCAGUCUCCCUAGACAGGGCAACUUCGACUUCCUGACGGCUCUGCUCAGUUCACUUCCUGGAAGGAAUCUGGCUAUGGCUCGGCUUCUCCUUCUUUUGCUGUCGGCGGCAUGUCUGCACACUGGGAACUCAGCAGGAUAUCAAGAAAAGAAUGACUUUGGUGUCGACCAACCGGAUGUCCUCUCUGGAGUCCAGGGUGGCUCCAUCGAGAUCCCCUUCUCCUUCUACUUCCCCUGGAAGUUGGCCAAGGAUCCUCAGAUGAGCAUAGCCUGGAGAUGGAAGCACUACCAUGGGGAAUUCAUCUACACCUCCACCCGGCCUUUUAUUCAUGAGCAUUUUAAGGGCCGGCUCAUCAUGAAUUGGACACCGGGUCAGACAUCUGGUGUCCUCAGAAUCCUGAACUUGAAGGAGAACGACCAGGCCACAUACUUCAGCUCAGUUUUUCUGCAAACACCUGAAGGCAUGAAGUUGUGGCAGUCAAUCCCUGGCACAAAACUCAUCAUUCAUGCUCUCGAUACUACCAUGCGGAGCCCCUCUAUCAUCCCCUCUGUAGUCCCCACAGAUGACCUGGAGUACACACAGGGCCAGAGGAAUCCUUCACUGCUGAACCUGGGAGCCAUGGUUGGGAUGGUCAUGGCCAAAGUUGUGGUCAUCAUCCCCCUGUAUGGAUGGAUGAUCUUCCUGUGGUGGAAGCAGAGCACUCAGCACCACCAUGAGGAUCCCCUCCAUCAUCUCUUCUUCAGACUUCACAACUGGUCUGGAGGACACAGGAGAUCAGAUGAAUCAUUCACUGCUGAAUCUGGUAGCCAUAGAAGGGAUGAUCAUGGCCAAAGUUGUGGUCACCUUCCCCAUCUGUGGAUGGAUCAUCUUUCUGUUGAGGAAGCAAAGGUCCUACUGAUUCUCAGACCUGUCCCCAAUGGCUGGAGCAGAGCUGUUUCUGGUCUUGAGCCCCUCAUGUUGUCUGAACACAGAGAACAGCUGAAAAGCAGGACUGAGAACGAGUCUGGCUGACACACUGACACAGUUUCUUCUCCUACAGGCCAGCAGAGGAAAGACUAAACCCCAGACAGGUGAGCACCCACCAUCCCAAGGGGCAGCUGAGGAUCUGUUGGGAAGUUUAUUCCUAAAGGCAUGCAAGUGAGACAGAGAUGAUUCAGCCAGAAAUGCAUGGGACAUGGGUAGAAGGACCUGACUUUGAUCCUCAGCUUACACAUUAUAACCCCGGGGAUGUGCCAGAAAUUUGUAAUCGCAGCUCUGGACAAGCAAGAGACAGGCAGAGUCAUGGAUUUGCAGUCCACUAUUCUAGCCUAAUUGAUUAGUUCCAGGGCUAAUGAAAGAUCCCUUUUAAGAAAGGGGAAAUUUCUCAAGGUGAUAAAUUACAGUCAUUCACUAAAUUUAUUUGAAGUAAAGUAUUUUGAAUUACAUAUUAAUGGAAAAGCAAUAGUAUAUGUCAGUUGGAAAUGUAGUCAGCUGCCUAGCACAGUGUCCUAGAUGUGAUUCCAGGGAACCCAAAUUGUACACAGAGAAAACUGACUUUGGACAAUUUUCCUCUGCCUCUCAGGGUUGCUCACAUGCUCCUGGUGAGACAUUGUCUAUUUGUCCCCAGCUAACAGACCUCCAGGUGCCAGUUUCUCUCACCAGGGAGGAGAGUUUUCAUCAAACUAGUAAUUGGUGAACCCACAUCAGCAUCUUAUACCUUCAAAUUUUUGAUCUUGGGAAUUAGAACAUGCAGGGCUCUAGACUGUUCUUCCAAACAUUCUUGGGCAGGGAUCGCAAGAUAACCCCACUUCUGCCAUAUGGGUUCUGAUGUCCUGUCCUCAGAACUCAGAUCAUCCAGUCUGUCUUUGGUCCUGAGAGUUCAACUGUGCUGUUCUUUCUUUGCUCGUGGAGUUAAUGAUACUUUUUAGUAGAUGAGGGAUCAGAAAGUCAAGCAAACCAAGGAGCUAGUUCAGAGUAAGGCUGAGGUGUAGAUGUGUCCAAACCCUAAAAAUCUUAUCCUGACACCAGCUGAGUUAGGACAGGUCUGCACAUUCAGGAGCAAGAAGCCUAUAUCACCACCACCUCCUACACUCUUUUAGUAGGCACAGAGAAAGAUGGCUGAAUUAUAGUUCUAACUUUCUCUUGGGCUAUAAGGACAGGUCCAGCAAGCACAUGGAAUUUCUCUUCAUGCAAAUGAAGGUGUCCCAGAACCUAUCACACAGAAAGUUUCAUAUAACCCUUGUUACCCCAUUUUUGUGUUUGCUGCUUGGGCCUUGGAACCAUAUUUGAUCUCUAGUGUCCAUAUAAAGAGGCCAGCAAAACCUUUAAUCUUAGCAAAAGAGAUAGAGGCAGGGAGAGCUCUGUGAGUGGACAGUUAGCCUGGUCUAUGUGUCUAGUUCCACACCAAACAGAGCUGUGUGAGCUCUAAUCCUAGGACUGAGGAAGUGCAGACAGGCUUGUCUGUACAGCUCACUGGCCAGUCAAUCUAGUCUCCAUGGGAAAAUUGAAGUCAGUGAGAGAACCUGAUCCAAAAAAUGAGGAGGAUGAGACCUUAGGCUUUCCUCUAGCCUCAACAUGCAUAAACCAAUGCAUGUACACAAAGACAGAUAUAGAGAGACAGAGGAACAUAGACACACAAACAGGGAUACACACACAGACACACACACACACACACACACAGGUACAUACACCCACAGAGACAUACAGACACAGAUUCUUACACAGACAGACACACACUCACCUGCACACACAUAAACACACAGACACACAUCUGAUGUAACAGAUCCACACGUUCACACACACUGGAUAUACCAGAAUGUGUAAAAGAAGAACUAUGAAAUAGUCAUAUGGGUAAAGCUCAGUCAAGAGCAGAGUACAAUCCUUUGCAUUAUGCACAUCACACCACUUCUGCUCACAUAUCUGGCUGAAGAGGAACCCUCCUGUAGGCCUCAGAAUACAGGAACUGAGGAGCAAUCUGGCACAGAAUCCUUCCAGUUUCUGCCUUCACCAUGAGCUGACCCUGUACCACCGCUCUCUGUACCCGAAUACCCCUGGGAGAGAGCUGGUUUCCCAGUCGUGCUCACACUCAGACUUACAGGAGAGUCAAGCUACUGUCAGAGAGAGAAAGACCAGCUCAAACCAGAGAUAAGCAGAUGGUGAGAGAGAAGGGUAAGAACCUUAGCAGCAUAAACCAAGGUCAUUCGACAUCAUCAGCACCCAGUUCCCCACCACAGCAAGCCCUGGAUAACCCAACACUGGAAAAGGAUUAUUUUGACUUAAAAUCACAAGUCAUGAUGACAUUAAAGGCCUUUAAGAAGGACAUAAAUAAGUAACUCCCUUAAGGAAAUACAGGACAAUACAGGCAAACAGGUAGAAGCCCUUAAAGAGGAAGCACAAAAAUGAACCAAGCAGGUGAAGGAAUUGAUCAAAUCCAUCCAGGAUCUAAAAAUGAAAAUAGAAACAAUCAGGAAAUUACCAAGGGAAAGAGCCCUGAAAAAGAAAAUCUAGGACUGAGAUCAGGAGUCAUAGACACAAGCAUUACCAACAGAAUACAGGACAUGGAGGAGAGAAUCUCAGGGGGAGAAGAUACCAGAGAAAACAUUGACAUAACCGUUAAGGAAAAUGCAAAACCAAGUAACUCCUAACCCAAAACAUCCACUCCAAAUAGACUGGACCAGAAAAGAAAUUCCUCCCAUCACAUAAUAGUCAAAACACCAAAUGCAAAAAACAAAGUGAGAAUAUUAAAAGUAGUAAGGGAAACAGGUCAAGUAACAUAUAGCCAGACCUAUCAGAAUUACACUGGACUUCUUACCAGAGACUAUGAAAGCCAGAAGAUCCUGGGCAAUAUCUGCUCCUAACAGUUCCCCUUUGGUGGAUUUAAUGAAGAAAUUGAUCAUCUCUACCUCCAGGUGAGGUAAUACUUUGUGGCUAGGUAGCCAAUGGGCAGGAACUGCCUAUUUUAUUUACAGACUAAUACUGGCCAAAAAGGUCGACAUUUUGCAAAAUAGUUGACUGAAAAUGUUUGCAAAGCCAGAAUUAUCAGCCCUUCAAGAUUUCUGCAUUUCAGGGAUUGGGGAUUUAGCUCAGUGGUAGAGUGCCUGCCUAGCAAGUGCAGGGCCCGGGGUUUGGUCCCCAGCUCCGGAAAAAAAAAGAAUAAAAAAAAAUUUCUGCAUUUCAAGAGUCUGUGAGUUAAUUUUUGGGCAGAAGGCUGAAGACUUGAGCUCACAUGUUGCUAACAGAGUACUGGGCUAGUGGAGAUUAGUCUCAACAGCCUGUCUCAGUUCUGGAAGCCAUGUUAGGUUUCCUAUAUGUGUAGAUAUUUGGUUAUUCUCAGAUUUCUGAUGGGGUUGAAGACUGAUUAUAGUCUCAAAGCCUACCAAUGCUGUUUAACUUUGACAAUACAUAUUUAAUUAGAUAGUUAUCAGAGAGUAUACAAGCUUGCCAGGAUAUAACAUAGAUUUUAAGCCUUCUUAAGCUGGAAUGGAUAACUCAAUGUUCUGUUUAACUGAUAACAUGUUGGACUGGGUGUUAGGUUUCUUUAUAUGUUUAAUGUACAAAAUGAUAAUAGUUGUGCUCAGCUUAUAUUUAAGAGAAAAGUUUUUUUUAAUUAGACAAAAAGGGUGAAAUAUAUGUUGAUGUCUUUAUGCAGGAAGGCAGGUACAAGAUAGAAUGAGGCCUGUCAUUGGAUGAGAAGGAAGGAUGGGCAGGAGAAAAUUUUCAGAGGAGAAGACUGGAGCGGGAGGGAGGGCGGGCAGCCGAGAGAACAUGGAGGCAGAGGUAGAGAAUUUUCUCUGCACAUUUACAAGUUGUUAUGACUACUCUUUUCUUUUUCUAUUCUUUUUUUCGGAGCUGGGGACCGAACCCAGGGCCUUGCCCUUGCUAGGCAGGCGCUCUACCAAUGAGCUAAAUCCCCAACCUCUGUUAUGACUAUUCUUAAGAGAUGUAUGUGUACAGGAUUUUAUGUGUCUAGAUGAGCAAAUUAUAUCUUAUUUAGGUGGACAUUUAUAUCUUAUCAAUUGGAUCAGAGGUUAUUGUGUUGUGUGUUCUUUCUUGUGGUGAUUUAAUUGAGUUCAAGAGAUUGUAUUGUGACUGUACACACUGGUCUACCAUGGAAUUGGGAUGUGUAUGUCUGGCACUGUGUCAAUCUGUCUUGGGAACUAGAUGGCUGGAGAGAUUGUUGCUAGGCGCAGAGAGUAGCCAUUGGCAGUGUGAUAUGGGAUGGAACAUAGUGUGUGAGAAGCUUUGUUGAUUGAAAUGAAAAUAUACAACAGAUGCCUUGUGGCCCUAUGGUGCUGGCACUAAUGUGGUCUAAAAGAAACCAUUUUUAAAUUUUUUUACUGGAACAGUUAUGGCACAAUACAAAAGAGAUUGAGGAGGGGAAGGAAGGAAUAGAGAAAAUAUAGAGGAAAGGGGCAAAGAGAUUACAAGCCACUUAGGAAAUGGAAUAGAGUAAAUAAGGUAGACAGUCAAUGUGGAAGAAAGGAGAACCUGCUAUGACAAGGGUUAGUAUAUAUUUCUCAGCCCAACGUGGGGGCUGGGCCCAAGAGCCCUGUCAUGUUCUCAUUAACCACAAGAGCGGAUCUUCUGCAAUGUGGGAAAAGAAGAAGUCAGAUCAAUAAAGGAAGUCGCUGGCCACAAGGAGGAGGAGAUGGUCCUGUCAAACUCAGUUCUCCACUUGAGAAUUUCCGAGCAUGUGUUUUUAUUUACCCUGAUUCUCUCUGGACUGCUGAGUGCCCCAGUGUCCCUAGACAAGUCAUCCUCAACUUCCUGAUGGCCCUGCUGGUCUCACUUCCUGAACAGAAUCUGGCUAUGGCUCGGAUUCUCCUUCUUUUGCUGUCGGCAGCAUGUCUGCACACUGGUGAGUGCUGGGGCCCUCAUUAGCAGGGACUGAACCAGAGGAGGGGACAGAGUGGCUGGGAAAAGUGAGUGUCUUGUGUACAGUGUCUGGUAGAGGAGCCAGCCAGGCCCUCUCUGUCCUAAGAGUUCACCCUUCAUAGUGGGCACAACCCAACCCUUCCCUCUUUUUGCUGCUCCGCAGCCAUAUGGACAGUCCUGCCCUGUGACCCACCCCUCCCUUCAGAUGAAGGCUCAGGAUGCUCAGGGUUGUCCUUUAAAUCCCUGCAGUGGCUUCAGACUCUCCCUGUCCUUUUCAGGGAAUUCAUUAGGAUAUCCAAAAGAGUAUGACUAUGGUGUCAAAUAACCAGAACACCUCACUGGAAUCCAAGGUGGCUCCAUCAAGAUCCCCUUCUCCUUCUACUUCCCUUGGGAGUUGGCCAAGGAUCCAAAUAUGAGCAUAGCCUGGAGAUGGAAGGAUUUCUGUGGGGAAGUCAUCUACAACUCUACACUGCUUUUCUUUCAUGAGCAUUUUAAGGGCCGGCUCAUCUUGAAUUGGACACAGGGUCAGACAUCUGGAGUCCUCAGAAUCCUGAACUUGAAAAAGAAUGACCAGUCCACAUACUUCGGCCGAGUUAUUCUGCAAACAACAGAAGGCAUGAAGUUUUGGCAGUCAAUGCUUGGAACCAAACUCAUCAUUCAUGCUCUCAAUACUACAAUAGAGAGCCCCUCCAUCAUCCCCUUUGCAGUCCCCUCAGCUGGCCUGGAGGACACAAGGGACCAGAGGAAUCCUUCACUGCUGAACUUGGGAGUCAUGGUUGGGAUGGUCAUGGCCAAAGUUGUGGUCAUCAUGCCCCUCUGUGGAUGGAUGAUCUUCCUGUGGUGGAAACAAAGGCCAGCAGAGUAAAGCCUAAAGCCUAGUAAGGCUCCCCUGCUAGGAUCUCUCACCAGGGAGGCAAGUUUACAUCAAAGUAGUUAUUGGUGAUUACACACCCUGCAUCCCACAGCCAUCCAUGUAUUCUCUCUGGGAGUCAGAGCUAAUGGCUGCAGGAUUCUCCUGUGAAAGUCAUUCUUGGAUAACCCCCACUUCUGCCAUGGGGACUCCGACAUGCUCUCCUUGGAACCAAGGUCCUCCUGUGUGUCUCUGGGCCUGAGAGCCUGACUGUGCUUGCUUUUCUCUCUCUGUUCAUGGCGUUAUUGACACUUUUAAUAAAUAUCUUACUCCCAGGAAUCCA